GGGCGGGAGGAGGGGAUGGCCGGCGGCUUCUUCCUGUCGGAGAAGACGGCGGUGCUGGGGCUGAGGCUGUACGCUCUCAUCGCCGUCUCCGCCGCAGCCCUCGUCGUCGCCGCCGCCGCCGCCGCAGUCCUCAUCCGCCUCCUCCGCUGCAGCGACCGGCGGUGGCGCCGCCGGCCGUCGCUGCGCGUGAACCACGUGUCCGGCCUGUCGACGUCGUCGUCGUCGUCGUCGGAGGUCGAGGCCACCGGUUUCGGCAAGGAGGAGAAUGCUAAUGAAGAGGUGGUGGUGGAGAUGGAGAUGGGGUGGGGAGGGAGGUGGUAUGCGUUUGCGGAGCUCGAGGUGGCGACAGGGGGAUUCGGCGGCGGCGGCGGCGGCGGCCGGGGAAAUGUGAUUGGAAAAGGCGGCUGCGGGACGGUCUACCGUGGCGUCCUGCCGGACUGCUCGGUGGUCGCCGUCAAGAAUCUACAUAACAACAAGGGCCAAGCAGAGGAGGAGUUCAAGGUGGAAGUCGAAGCCUUAGGAAAAGUAAGGCAUAAGAACCUGGUCGGCCUCAUUGGCUACUGCGCAGAAGGAUCUAAAAGGCUGCUCGUGUACGAGUACGCUGAGAAUGGCAAUCUCGAGCAGUGGUUGCAUGGAGAUGUUGGACGUUUCGGCCCCCUAACAUGGGAAAUCAGAAUGAAAAUUGCUGUAGGAACAGCAAAAGGAAUAGCAUAUCUGCACGAAGGAAUAGAGCCUAAAGUCGUGCACCGAGAUAUCAAGUCGAGUAACAUCCUCUUAGACAAGCAAUGGAACCCAAAAGUAUCGGAUUUCGGGUUCGCCAAGCUUUUGGGUUCUGGUUCGAGCUUUGUGACGACUCGUGUUAUGGGGACGUUUGGGUAUGUGGCACCUGAGUAUGUAAACACAGGUUUACUCAACGAGGGCAGCGACGCGUACAGCUUCGGCGUUCUGUUGAUGGAAUUGAUAUCAGGUCGUAAUCCGGUGGACUACAGCAGGCCGGUUGGAGAGAUAAACUUGGUAGAGUGGUUUAAAGGGAUGGUCGGAAAGAGGUGUUUAGAGGAAGUGUUGGACCCAUCAAUCAAAGCUCGACCUUCGUCGCGGGAAUUGAAGCGAGUGGUAAUGGUUUGUCUCCGAUGCGUCGAUCCGGAUGCUCAAAAGAGACCGAGGAUGGGGCAUGUUGUGCACAUGCUCGAAGGAGACGAGUUCCCCUUUCGCACGGAACAUCGAUCGCCGCGAGAGCAUAACUCGAACUCUCGCAGUCUCGCGACCAACAAAGUCACAGCUCUCGCUGAAAGUGUGGGACUUCCUGCAUCCAAAAUGUCGAUGUGCAGAUGACGAAAUCGCGCAGUACAUAUCAUAAGACAAUAAAUUCAUAAUCAUGUUAUCAAAGUUUCUUAGAUAUGUAAAUAAUUCUACUUGUAACUGCAAACACUUAAUUUUUGCAGAAAUAGAUAUGCUUUUAAGUAAUGUUAUUUAUGUUAUUAGA